AUGGUGGGCCUCAUGCAAAUGCAACAGCAGGUGCAACAGCAACAAGCACAGUUGCUCCAGACACAGCCUCAACAAGGACUAGAGGAACAGUGUGAACAUCGUAGCAGCAUAGCUGAAUUUAAGAGGUUGGCUCCUCCAGCUUUUCAGGGGACUACAGAACUUUUGGAAGCAGACAAUUGGCUUACAGAAAUGGAAAAAGCAUUUGCUGUCUUAAGAUGCUGGGACGAUGAAAUACUUUUGUUUGCAUCAUACAUGUUGCAAGGAGAAGCAUUUAAUUGGUGGCAGAUGUUGGAGCAUAAAUUUGAGCAUGAUGGGGAACCUCUCACUUGGGAUAAAUUUCGAAAAGCAUUCUAUGAUAAAUAUUUUCCUCGGAGUGUAAGGACACAGAAGGAACAAGAAUUUAUCCAUUUGAAGCAAAGGAGCAUGACAGUGGCCGAAUAUGAAGCCAAAUUCACAGAACUAGCCAAAUUUGUUCCGAAAUUGGUAGAGGAUGAGCAAGACCGAGUGCACAAGUUUGAGAUGGGAUUGAAGACUGAAAUUAGGAAGCAAGUGGUACCCUAUGAGUUGACUACCUACGCAGCUGUGGUGAAUAAAGCUUUAAUCAUUGAAAGGGAAGUCAACGAAGCUUUUGCUGAAAGAGAAAGAAACCAAAAAAAAAGAAAUAGACCUGAAUUUAAAGGGGGAAACAAGAAUUUCAAGAAUCCAGCUCAGAAGCCAAAUAAAGAUAGAAAUCCCAAAAAUAAGAAUGGGAAGUGUUCAAAAUGUGGUGGUAAUCAUGAAUUUGCAAAUUGUCCCUGGGUUACAGGUUCUUGUUUUCAUUGCGGACAGAAAGGUCAUAAAAUUGCAGAUUGCCCACAAAGAAACGAGAUUUAA